AUGGGGCCGCCCAGCGACAACUUCGAGCUCCAUUCAGUCCGCACCGUGACAAACGACGCGCCUCGUCGACAAACAGGCUUGGCCAAGGACGAGCAACUCCUGCGCUAUCGCAAGCGGUCGGCAUGGAUAUUUGCCUUUUACUUUCCCCUCCUCGUUCUGCCCUGGAUCUUCACCGCCAUCUUGAUGUACCGCCCCAUCAACCUGCACUCCUACAUUAACCAGACUGGAGGAUACACGCUCAAGGAUGUUGCAAAUCUCGAGAGACUGCGUGUCGCCGUCGAUAUCCUCACGCAAAUCUCCUCCACCCUUGGUAUCCCUAUCGUGUCGACCAUGCUCGCCCACGGAGCUGUUGUAUACACGCAGCGUCGCAGGCCGAGCCAGGAUCUCAGCCUGUUGCAAAUGUUUACGCUAGCAGACAGACAAUGGCUCAACAUUCGACACAUCUGGAAAUCCCUGACCACACUGCCAAAAUCUUGGAAUUCAUCAUCGACCUACCUCCGGUUGGCAGCUGGCCUCAUUUUUAUCACUGCUGUCCAGCCACCACUGCAGUCCGUCCUUAUCCGAGAUGAAACUAUACCCAUCGUGACAUGCACGCCAAAUACGUGCUAUUCCGACAAUCGCGAUACCUGGGUCGUUGGCAACGAUGCCGACCCAGAAGCCCUAGCCCAGAGCUCCAGCAAGUGGGUUAUUCAAAGAACAUCCGAGAAGAUAAUCAGUGUGGACAGCAAAGAAACACAACAAUUCCUUUGGUCCGACACCCCCUAUUGGCUUACCGAUUCCAUAUAUUCUUCGACCCCACUCCGCGAUAAAAGGAACUUUGAAUGGGCUUUAGGAUUGGGAAGGCUAGCGGACGAACCCAAGCAUCUUUUCUUCGCCUCGUCAGUUCCCAAUGGCACUUCGACUGGGAUAUUCCGACAUCACGCCGUCAGAAUGGAUUCCAAGGCUACAUGCGCUAAGGGCCGUUCGAGUCGCAGCGGCUGCAAAGGGACCAGGCCCUUCACUGCCUCCUUAUCGCUACCCUACGUAGAGGUCGAAGUCUGUGCGGAUGGAAACCAAGACACCAACCCCUGGGCGAUUAGUCGCGAUAAACAAGAAAUCAACGAGAGUUUGUGGCUUCAGGUGUCCUCGUGGCACCCUGACCCUUACUACGGUUCGGACAACUUUACCAUCCAGUGCGAGAGUGUUUCGAGGAGGGGUUGGUUCGAGCUUCCUAACCACCACAAUGGCUACAAGCCUGGCCCUCUCCUGGACGUUUGGCCCUCGGAGAAGGAGCUUGCCCGAGACUUUAAUGACAACAAUCUAUGGGGCCAUUGGCUCAAGACCUUGGACCCAACCCCUGGCCCCCUCAUGACAGCAGCACUGGCCAUGUUCGGCAACACAUCCUUCUUUCACAUGGCCAUGGUAGCAGCAGAAGAAUCCAAUAAUGAGACAGCCCGACAGAUAUGCGACCAGGUGAGGCUGCCAUUCACCCGCCUAAGUUCCUCGGAUUUUCCCAGGCCUGUCUCAGUAUGCGGUGAGCUGAGUUUCCGAAGAGACCGGAGUGGCAAUGUGUUGGACCUGCUGGGGCGCUACUUCAUGUUUCUGGGCUCAAACAACAUGACACAAGACGCCCUCAACAUUGCAAUGUACUUUGCCAACGAGGCCCUCCUUACAGCUGCCGCUGAUCGGCCCCUCUACUCUAACCCAGGCCGCUUAGUAUCCAAGCCCAAGAACAGCCUGGCCGGUUUGGUCGUCAUCACUAUUCUCGUUGGUCUACAGGCGAUUGGUCUCUGUCUACUGAUGGCAUUUAUCUACUCGACGCCCACUUGGACAGACGAUCUUGAUGCCGAUGCCCUAACCCAGAUAGGGGCCCAACUCAAAGAUUUGGACGAAAUCAUGUCUCGAAGCCAGGUAUGCGGUCUCGUGGGAACUGUCGAAAAUCGAGGUAACGAUGAGACAUCAUCCGUGAGGGCAUCGUCGACAGAAGAGGCACGAGUUCAGGUCAGGAGGCCGUUCCACCUUAGCCUAGGCGGAGAAGGCAUCAUAUCGCCGGAACUGCUAAAGGAGGGGGGAUCUGAGGGAGCUUCAUAG